UUCACACAUUCAGACAGUUUGAAGAUGUGUGUAUCAGCUUGUUUUCUCUCCUCUCAGCAGGAAUCCUUUGAAAAAGCUGUUGAGGACUCAAAGAACCUGAAAAAAAGACCAACUUACGCCCACCUGGGCGACCUGUACGGGUUGUAUAAGCAGACCUUGGUGGGCGACGUCAACAUCCCUCGUCCGGGGAUAUUUGAUCUGGCAGGACGAGGAAAAUGGGACGCAUGGGAACGAAGGAAAGGAAUGUCAAAAGAAGAAGCGAUGGAGGCCUACAUCAUCAGGGUGGAGGAGCUGAAGGAGGUCUACGGCUUCUAGACGCGGUUCUAUCACAAAAUCUGUCACACUUUCAACAUCACAUUUCUCAUUCUGUUCCAAGUACAAACUACAAAUCCCACAUGCUGCAUUUUGCGGCGUACACUUCUUUAUUUUUUGCAUAUCUGUUGACUAAUUAUGAAUAUUUACCAUGAUGAGCUGAACUGAUCACUGGCUUCAUGUUUACAGUCUUAUAUAAAUUUCACAUUAAAUCUGUAGAGCAUCUGUAUACAUGACAAAAUAUAAAUAAAGACUUGUUUUCUGGACCUCAGAUUGAACUUGUUUCUGUGUUUUUUAUCUAAGAAACAACUUCAAAGGCCCAAUUUCAGAAAAAUUAUAAAUGAUAGUCGUGUUUCACCAGCAUCAGUUUAAUGCAUCCACAAACUAAAAAUGACCAUUAUAACCUAAUGAAUAGAGGAUUUACUGCAGGAUGUUCCACACCUCCACUAGGGGGCGCCAGAGAUUAAACGUUAUUUUUAAGUGGAGACACUACAGGUGAAUGGGGUAAUUUUUUAAAAUUAUAGAUAUCAUCAUGAAACUUCCCCAGUUUGUUGUUAACAUUAAGACAAUAUUUUUUUGCAUUACAAGUUUUCUGAAAUUGUAUGUUUAGAUAUGCAGAAUGAGGCGUAAACUCAUUAAUUUGUAUAUAUUUCCAGGACAUAAAUUUGAACAUUGGAUAAAGCAAAUUUCAAAUUGAUUAUUUUAUGUUGUUGUAUUUUUUAUCAUUUCAUAAAUCAGAAAAUACUGUCAAAAGCCAUUAAAACAAUCAUGUUUUU